AUGUCGGGCAAUGACACAUAUCAGACACCGCUGGCUUCGCGCUAUGCAAGCUCUGAGAUGAAAACUCUUUUCUCAGCCCGUACUAGAUCAUCGACUUGGAGACAGCUCUGGGUUUGGCUGGCUGAGGCAGAGAGAGAGCUUGGUUUGCCAAUUUCCGAGGAAGCUAUCGCGCAGAUGAAGGCAAAUGUGACAUUCACUGAUAAUGAUUUCAUUGUGGCUGCUGAGGAGGAGAAGAAGCGUCGACAUGAUGUUAUGGCUCAUGUUCAUGCUUUUGGUCUGGUUGCACCAGCUGCUGCUGGGAUUAUUCACUGGGGGGCUACGUCCUGCUAUGUUACUGACAAUGCCGAUUUAAUUUUCUUGAGAAAUGGAUUGGAUAUCAUAUUACCAAAGCUUGCCGUUGUUGUGAACAGACUGGCGAAAUUUGCUGUCGAGUGGAAGGAUGAAGCUACUUUAGGUUACACCCAUGGCCAGCCAGCACAGCUCAUUACAGUCGGUCGUCGAGCUUGUCAGUGGAUUCAGGAUUUAUUGAUGGAUCUUGAAGACAUUGAGCGAGUCCGUAAGGAUCUCCGCUUCCGUGGUGCACAAGGAACAACUGGAACACAAGCCUCAUUCAUGGAAAUUUUCCAAGGCGACGGUACCAAGAUUGACAAGUUGAACGAGAUUCUCUGCCAGAAGGCUGGCUUCCCUAAUUGCUAUGCAAUUUCCACCCAAACAUAUUCAAGAAAGGUCGACUUAAGAGUCAUAAAUGCUUUGUCAGCUCUAGGCGCUACUGCUAUUCGCAUCACUACUGAUAUCCGCCAUCUUGCUGCUGAGAAGACGUUAGAGGAGCCAUUUGAGAAGGAUCAAAUAGGUUCUUCUGCGAUGGCAUACAAGCGUAACCCUAUGAGGUCAGAGCGAAUUGCCUCUCUUGGACGUUACUUGUCACACGUCAAUUCCCCUGUCUCGGAUACAUAUUCGUCGCAAUGGUACGAGCGGUCUCUCGAUGAUAGUGCAAUUCGUCGUAUCACCUUACCAGAGGCAUUCUUAGCUGCUGACGCAGUUCUGAUGACUCUGGAUAACGUUGCUAAUGGCCUUGUCGUGUACCCUGCGGUCAUCCGAAGCCGAGUUAUGGCUGAGCUCCCAUUCAUGGCCACCGAGAAUAUCAUCAUGAAGCUCGUCUCUAAGGGUGGCAAUCGCCAGGAAGCUCAUGAGGAGAUCCGAGUUCUCAGUCAUCAAGCUAGUGCUGUCGUCAAGAUCGAGGGCAAACCCAACGACCUCAUUGAGCGCAUCAAAGCUAAUCCUUUCUUCGACUCUAUCAAAAAUGAAAUCGACGAGAUGCUCGACCCCAAGAACUUCAUUGGUCGCUCUGCAGAGCAAUGUGUUCGCUACUGCCAGGACACCGAUGGAGAGGUACAGACUGCUCUUAAACCAUAUGAGAAGUACAUUGGUACAAGCAAAGCUGCUGAGUUGAGUGUUUAG